AUGACUUUUUUACCCUUACUUUUCAUCUUCUUCUUCCUCACAUCAAUACCCUUUCCCGCCUUUUCCCAGUACAACGACCGGUCAACGCUGCUAAACCUGAAACGCGAUCUCGGCGACCCAUUGUCUCUCCGGCUAUGGAACGACACAUCUUCACCGUGCAAUUGGCCAAGGAUUACCUGCACCGCCGGAAACGUCACCGAGAUAAACUUCCAGAACCAGAACUUCACCGGGACAGUUCCAACGACGAUUUGCAACUUCCCGAAUCUCAAAUCCCUAAAUUUGUCGUUUAAUUACUUCGCCGGUGAGUUUCCAACGGUUCUUUACAAUUGCACGAAGCUUCAAUACCUCGAUCUCUCUCAGAACCUAUUCAACGGCUCACUUCCCGACGACAUCAACCGUCUCGCACCUAAACUUAAGUAUCUCGAUCUCGCGGCUAACUCCUUUGCCGGAGAUAUCCCAAAAAACAUCGGACGGAUCUCGAAGCUCAAGGUAUUAAACCUCUACAUGAGCGAAUACGACGGUACGUUUCCAUCGGAGAUCGGAGACUUAUCGGAGCUUGAAGAACUUCAAUUAGCUUUAAACGAUAAGUUUACGCCGGUGAAGCUUCCAACGGAGUUUGGGAAACUGAAGAAAUUGAAGUACAUGUGGUUAGAGGAGAUGAAUCUGAUCGGAGAAAUCUCAGCCGUUGUUUUCGAGAACAUGACGGAUCUUAAACACGUAGACUUAUCGGUCAACAAUUUAACGGGUCGGAUCCCUGACGUUUUAUUCGGGCUGAAGAAUCUCACCGAGCUUUAUCUCUUUGCAAAUGACUUAACCGGAGAAAUCCCGAAAUCAAUUUCGGCGAAGAACUUGGUACAUCUUGAUCUCUCCGCUAACAAUUUAAACGGUUCCAUUCCGGAAUCAAUCGGAAAUCUAACGAAUUUAGAGCUUUUGUAUCUCUUUGUCAACGAGUUAACCGGAGAAAUCCCACGGGCUAUCGGAAAAUUACCGGAACUGAAGGAGCUGAAACUCUUUACCAACAAGUUAACCGGAGAAAUACCGGCAGAGAUUGGGUUUAUUUCGAAGCUAGAGCGGUUCGAAGUUUCGGAGAAUCAGUUAACCGGAAAGUUACCGGAGAAUUUGUGUCACGGAGGUAAACUUCAAAGUGUGAUUGUGUACUCGAACAAUCUCACCGGAGAAAUCCCAGAGUCUCUAGGAGAUUGUGAGACACUCUCGUCGGUUCUGUUACAGAACAAUGGCUUCUCUGGCUCAGUUACUAUAUCAAACAACACGCGCUCCAACAACAAUUUCACUGGAAAGAUUCCAUCUUUCAUAUGUGAGUUGCACUCUCUAAUCCUUCUCGAUUUAUCUACCAACAAAUUCAAUGGUUCAAUCCCUCGUUGCAUAGCAAAUCUCAGUACUCUUGAGGUUCUAAAUCUUGGAAAGAAUCAUCUUAGUGGAAGUAUUCCAGAGAAUAUAUCUACAAGUGUAAAGUCAAUUGACAUCGGUCAUAACCAACUGGCGGGAAAGCUUCCAAGAUCUUUGGUCCGUAUCUCUUCUCUUGAAGUUCUCAAUGUGGAAAGCAACAAAAUCAAUGACACGUUUCCUUUUUGGUUGGAUUCUAUGCAACAACUACAAGUUCUUGUCCUUCGCUCCAAUGCAUUCCAUGGAUCGAUAAAUCAAAACGGGUUUUCUAAGUUGCGAAUCAUCGACAUAUCCGGUAAUCACUUCAAUGGAACUUUGCCAUUAGAUUUUUUUGUCAAUUGGACUGCAAUGUUCUCACUUGGAAAAAUUGAAGAUCAGUACAUGGGCACAAACUACAUGCGUACAAACUAUUACAGUGAUUCAAUAGUUGUGAUGAUAAAAGGCAUAGCAUUGGAGAUGGUACGUAUCCUAAAUACCUUUACUACAAUUGAUUUUUCUGGAAACAAAUUUGAAGGAGAGAUUCCAAGGUCCGUUGGUCUACUAAAAGAGCUUCAUGUGCUCAACUUGUCAAACAAUGGUUUCACUGGCCACAUCCCAUCAUCAAUGGGAAACCUGAUAGAGCUCGAGUCACUGGAUGUUUCUCAAAACAAGCUUUCGGGAGAAAUUCCACCAGAGCUAGGGAAACUCUCAUACCUUGCGUACAUGAACUUCUCCCAAAACCAGUUUGUAGGUCUAGUACCAGGGGGCACUCAGUUUCAAACACAGCCUUGCUCUUCUUUUGCGGACAACCCGAGACUCUUUGGCCUUUCACUUGAAAGAGUUUGUGUAGAUAUCCACAAGAAAACACCACAACAAUCCGAAAUGCCAGAGCCUGAAGAAGAUGAAGAAGAGGUGAUGAAUUGGACAGCAGCUGCAAUUGGAUCCAUACCUGGUAUUUCCAUUGGAUUGACGAUGGGAUACAUAUUGGUUUCUUACAAACCAGAAUGGUUAAUGAACUCUGGCCGAAACAAACGCAGAAUUAAACCAAUAUAA